AUGUCAUUUAAUCCAAACAUGAGUGAAAUAAGAUUAACUAAUUAAUCUCCUCGUAGAAAUUUAAAUGCUAUGAAUUCUUCUAUUUAAUUCAUACCAGAUCUUAAUCUAGACUAGUAACUUAAUGAAUAAACUUCUCCAAGAAAGGAAAUAAUUAAAAAAGGAAUCUUGAAAACCUUUUAUUACUAAGUAGUAUCAUAAUUAGAUAUAGGAUGUUAAAAGAAGAAAGUUGAUUGGAUGCAACAUAUAUGUAAAUGAAAUGAAUGAAUAGUAAUUAUAAUUAUCUAAAAGAGGAAGUAAAUUUUUUUACCAUAACAAAAGUGACAUGUAGAAUUUGUAUGAACGAGGAGGAGACUUCAAGAUUUAUUAUGCCUUGUGCAUGUAAAGGAAGUUUGUAAUAUAUACAUGAGGAGUGUUUGAAAUUAUGGAUUCUUUAAAAAAAUGGCAUUGAAGAUGUAUUUAAAGACAGAGUAUUUAUUAAACAAAUUACUUAGAUUAAAUGUGAAUUAUGCUCCUAAAAAUUUCGUAUGAGAAUGCAGUUAUAAAAUCAUUUUCAAAAAUCUCGGUUUUGGGAUAUACCAAAACACUAAAAGAUUUGUUGGCUCAUCUAACUUUUAUUUAUAUUUGCUAUUAUUAGUUCUAUUGCUGGUAAAUGAUUAAAUCUAUUUAGUCUUAUUCACUUAGUUUGGAUUAUCUAACAUUGGAAUUGAUGCACUCAUGACUUUGUUAGUAGUUGUGGCUUUAAUUUUAAUAGUUUAUCUUGUAGCAAGUGUGAUUGCAUCUCAUUAAGUUGAAAUGAUUGAAAAUUGGACAAUAGGCAAUUAUAGACCAAGAAGAGAUACAAAGUAGGGUAGUUUUUUUUAAUUAUAAUCUCAAAUGGGAUAAAGUGUAAAUGCUAGCCCAAUAAUUAAAAAAAAAACAGCCUCAGUACAUCCAAAUGGUUUUAAUAACUUAUAAGUUAUAUAAGUCAACUAAUUGAUGACAAGUACAAAUAUCUCUGAAUAAGAAUAAUGA